AAUGUAUCCAGUAAUUCAGUAAUGUUGGGACUGGCUUCAGCUUGUGAUACACUGUUCUCUCAGACGUUUGGAAGUAAAAACAAACAUCGAGUGGGUAUAAUACUACAAAGAAGCUUAAUAAUCCUGAGUCUGUGUUGUCUGCCAUGUUGUGCCAUCCUUAUCAACACUGAACAUAUAAUGAAAUACAUUGGACAAGAUCCUCGGGUUGCCAGACUUGGAGGGAAGUAUGCCUUAAUAUAUAUAGCUGGCCUGCCUGCCGUGGCUUACUCUGAUAUUCUGUCUAAAUAUCUCCAGGCUCAGUGUAUUGUGAUACCAAGUUUGGUAAUAGGAAUUGUCGCUAACUUUCUCAACGUUGGAUUCCACACCCUGUUUUUGUUUAUGCUGAAGUUGGAUAUUGUUGGUGCCUCUAUAUCGGUGACCUUGACCCACUGGUCUAUAUUCCUGCUCCAUGUUACCUAUAUCAUCGUCACACGUACCUAUGAAGAUACCUGGACAGGUUUCAGUGUGGAAUGUUUCUAUGACUGGUGGAUGUUCCUUACUUUGGCUGUGCCUGGCCUCUGUAUGGUGUGUCUAGAGUGGUGGAGUCAUGAGAUCAUAAUGUUCUGUGUAGGUCUUGUAGGUGUCGACCAGCUUGCCAGUCAUUCCAUUGGUUACACAAUGGCAAGUAUGGCAUUUAUGUUGCCACUUGGCCUAUCAGUAGCUGCCAGUGUCAGGGUGGGAAAUCACCUUGGAACAGCCAAUCCAUGUAAAGCCCUCACAGCCUCACGGGUAUCAAUACUUAUAGCAGUAACUGUAGCAGUAAUUUCAGCUAUAACUUUCCUGGCACUGAAGAAUGUCAUUCCUUACUUGUUCACCAAUGAUGGGACAGUGGUAGCUCUAGCAUCAAGACUAAUGAUUCAGGUGGCAUUGUUUGAGCUGUUUGACCAGGUUCAGGCUGCCUGUAGUGGGGUGAUCCGUGGUAUUGGUCUACAGAAGUUCGGAGCCAUCACUAACUUUCUGUGUUACUAUUUGGUGGCCCUGCCUCUGGGUAUCCCACUGCUUCUGGAAACAGUGCUUGGUGUAUCAGGUGCAUGGUGGGCUGUGAUACUAAGUGCUGCCAUUCAGUCUGUGGUGUUUCUUGUUCGAAUUCUCUCAACGAACUGGGAGCUUGAGUCGGAAAAGGCACAGAUAAGAGCUGGUGUAGCGGAAGGCCUGCCUAAACACUCCUCCAGAGGUCAGAACCUAGGGGCCAUCACACUUCAGGAAGAUACAUUGUCCACCGACACACAGGAGUUGAUGGAGGCCGAUCAUCUGACACUGUCUGACACAUCCAGUCACCGUAGCGAUGACAGUGAAUCCCAACAACCUCCCGUCUGUUCCACUGACCUAGUUAAUGUUCUCCUGACCCGGUUUGCUUUCCUGUUCUCAUUCCUGAUGAUUCUGGCGGGAGCGAUCAUCCUUAAAGUCUAUUUGGAUGGACUUGCAACCUUUCUGAAUUGUGUGGUGAUCAAUGCUACCAACCUGAACAUGUCCUACAUGCAGAAAGAGUUACUUAGCAACCACACUGUGACAUUGUCUGACCUUGAAUGGAAGGUGUUGAACAUGACAUACAUGUAUGAGAUGGAACACAACUGGAACCAAACCUUUGUGUACUGUAGUGGGAUGAUAAAGGACUUACCAACCGAUGUUUCCUGGCCAAUAUACAACAACACAAGACUAUUUGGGGGAUUACACCCACACAUGCCAACAAGGCCUAUAGGCUGAUCGUAACUAGUAAUUGGGACCACACUCUCACAAGGUGUAUAGACUGGAUGUCAUUAUUGAUGGGAACUACAACCUCUAUAAAACAGACUUAUAGGUUGAUUGUAACUAUAAAUGAGGACUAUGCCCUCAAAACUAGGCUUUUAGUCUUAAUGUAA